CAUCCAUCCCCUGUUGAACCUCGAGAUGCCCCCCGACUACGAGCUCCAAUCCUAUUGGAAAGCACGGUUUGAGAACGAAUCGGAUUUUGAAUGGCUUGGAGACGGUUCCGAUACCAUCCUCCCGCACCUUCGGGCGCACCUCACGGAUCCUCGCGUUUCUGCGCGGUCCUCACCUUCCCGGCCCGCUCGUCUCCUACACAUCGGCGCGGGGACGUCAUCGCUCUCCGAACGGAUACGGGAGCUCUAUCACGACGUGUAUGGGGCGCAGGUAGACGAACGCGCGAUCGUGAACACCGACUUCGCGGAAAAUCUAGUGGCAAGAGAGCGGGAAAAGGCCGAGUUAGCGUUUGCGGUAGGUCGAUCGAGGACGGGAAUGCAGUGGGUAUGCGCAGAUUUGUUGAAGUGGGGGGAAUUGGAGGCUGCUCUGCAGCCGGAGGAGGAAAGACACACCUUCGACCUCGUCGUCGACAAGAGCACCUCGGACGCGAUCUCGUGCGGGGAGGACGUCUCCUACAGCAACCCAGACCCCAGCAUCCAUCCGGCUCUGAACGAGAUCCUGGCGGCGCAAGGAGGCAAGAAGAUCAGUAUAUCUCCUGUAGAGCUUCUGGCUGUACAUCUUGCGUCGCUGGUUCGGCCUGGCGGGCUGUGGGUCGGUUUGACGUUCUCUCCACAUCGCUUCCCCUUCCUGGCCAGCCUGGAGGAGCGAAGGGACACGCGGCAUUCGCACGCAGCAACGUACUGGACUAUCGACGAAGUUGUUACGGUGGAUGCGCCGACUGGGAUGGAGGGAAGCGCGUAUGCGCCGGUGGUCCAGCACUAUAUUUUCCUGCUGCGCCGCAAAUCACCAUGAUAAUGCGUCCGGUCCAGGAUUUGCAGUAUGGCCCGAGCAAGAGUUAUCGAGCUUAGUACGAGAGAUGUCGGAGAGAUGAAAGGAAGGAGACAACCGGGCAUCGUCUGCGGUAGUUUCACAUCUUUCCUGUGGUUGACACAUUGUAUGCAUGAGGGAAGUAACAAGGCAUUCGGAGAAAGCAAGCAUGAAUGCGAG